UAUUUGUGCUACGUGAGCGUUUGAUCGGAGUCGGGAAAAAAGUAAAAUCCACUUCGAAAUCGGCGCCCGAUUUUACUCGUCGGUUAUUCGUUGUGUGGCGAAGGUGUCGGGUUUUGUGUACGCGGUGCGGUUAGCAAAAGGCCGCGACUCGGCGAACAGGUUUCGGUGGUUGCGAUUAGCGCGGUGGCGCAACGAUAGACACCCCAAAAAAGUCCGUCCAACUCGACUUGUUCACGGAAGUGCCCACCAGAAGUGAACCGCGACCUUGACGAGCCUUCGAAUUACCGGCCCCGGCUGUGUAAAGCGACUUUCCUGAGCUAGCCGGAACACGCCGUGCAAUCAGAUUUUUAGUGGAUAUUACAGAACCGAAAAAUGGUCAACACAAAAGCGGCGCUGGCGAUCGUGAUGGUGUUUGUCGGUUGCUGUAGCAACGUGGUCUUUCUCGAGCUGCUUGUAAAAAUCGAUCCAGGAUCGGGAAAUCUGAUCACGUUCCUGCAGUUUCUGCUGAUCGCCGUCGAAGGUUUCCUGUUCACAUCCAAAUGCGGCACGGUACGGCCCCGGAUCGGCCUGAAGGACUACACCAUUCUGGUGGUGAUGUUUUUCGUGGCCAGUGUGUGCAACAACUAUGCGUUCGAUUUCAACAUUCCGAUGCCGCUGCACAUGAUCUUCCGGGCUGGCUCAUUGAUCGCCAACAUGGUGAUGGGCAUACUGAUCCUGAAGAAGCGGUAUGAUUUCUCCAAGUACCUGUCGGUCGGCAUGAUCACGGCCGGUAUCGUCAUGUGUACGAUCGUGUCGGGCAGUCGCGUCGAGAGCACGCAGGUGCGAAAAGGUGACGGCGAUGAUGAUCCGGUGACGGUGUUCUUCUGGUGGACGCUCGGUAUCGCUCUGCUAACGCUCGCGCUGUUCGUGUCUGCCCGUAUGGGUCUAUACCAGGAGGUGCUAUACAAGCGCUACGGCAAACACCCGAAGGAAGCGCUCUUCUACACACAUCUGCUGCCACUACCGUUCUUUGCCCUGCUCGCCGGUAACAUCUGGGAGCAUCUGCAGCUGGCAAACGCGAGCCCCCUACAGCCGGUUCCACUAUUGGGUUUUUCGUUGCCCAUCACCUGGAUCUACCUGAUUGGAAACGUGCUGACGCAGUACGUGUGUAUUAGCUCGGUGUACGUGCUCACUACCGAAUGUUCCUCGCUUACCGUUACGCUGGUCGUCACGCUCCGCAAGUUCGUCUCGCUGCUCUUCUCGAUUGUGUACUUCAGAAAUCCAUUCACGCUGCACCACUGGAUUGGCACGUUGCUCGUGUUCCUCGGUACCAUCAUCUUUACUGAGGUCGCCGGAAAGAUGUGGGUGGCACUCACUGGCCCUGCGAAGGACAGCAAGGCGGCAAAGAAGGCCAACUGAAACGAGAAACAAAUCCUCAAACGAUAUUAUUACUAGCGCCGGAAACAAAUCGCUUCCUCGCAAGCAAGCAAGCAAGCAAGCAAGCAACCAAGCAGAGGCUGAAUUUGAGCUGCUGAUAUUCAUGAAAUGUGAACCGAAAACAGGGAAAGAUAUUAGUUAGGGACAGCAGCAAAGCUAGACGAUCGCGUUAGCUAUUUUACCUUGUGACCUACCUAGGAUAGGAAAACGAUCCCCUCGGGAUUCGCUACGAAGCAAUGUGCGAUUUGUUGCUACAAAUGGGCCAAUCAUUGCGCCGGGAAUGUUGGAACUUGUUAGAAGACCACCACAUUUUAGUAAUAGGUUGAGCUGUUGAGCGCCGCAAGUGUCUCCUAUAUCAUAGCGAGAUUUUCUUCGAAUCGCCCGUGGGUGCAAUCGGUCUUUAUACGAAUAAAAUGGAAAUGUUAAUGCUCAAUCAAUAAUCAU